AUGACCUGUGGAAUAUUCCGGAGGAGUAGUGAGCAGACAAAGAGAGAAGCAAGAUGGACAUGCCGAACUGAGAAAAGCGCGGGAGUAUCGGUUUGCGGGCAGCGCAGUACUCGCUGGCUCGGUUUCCCGGGCGCGUUUGGCCUUUUGUGCUGGUAUGGCUUCCGGCGUGGAGGUAGCGGGCGACCGCAGCGGAGGGCUUACCGUCCCCGCGGGCUGCCUGUAGGAGGGGUGCAAAGGGUCCUCACGGGUCGCCGCGGCCUUCGCUUUCCUCCGUCGCACGCAGUAGCAGUGUCUACCGAGAGAAUGAAUUCGGCUUUCGAGAAGCGUCACCUCUGGAUGUACCUGCAGGCGCUGGGCUUGGAUCCGAGCUGGGUCGCCGCCGUGGGCGGGAAGAUGUUGUCUCAAGCGCACCUCGGAGAGAACAUGUUUGACAAACUGAACCGUGACGCCUUUCAUAUAGUUUCUUAUUUUUUGUUCCGAACACUGGAUGAGUCUCUUGCCAAAGACGUUUUCAGAGAUUGCUGGCCUCCAUUUGACCAAAAACAUGACAUGGAAUUCCGGAAACAUUGCUGUGAAUGGUUAAAAGAAAUUUCUGCUGAAUGUGGAAGAAGUUUCCCUCAGGUUGUUGGCUCACUGUUUCUUUCUCCUGGUGGUCCUAAGUUUAUUCAUCUGAUGUAUCAUUUUGCAAGAUAUGUUGCAAUCAAAUAUAUUAAAAUACAAUCUAAUGAUUCUCUGCGUUUUGCAGAAACAUUUAAUGCAAAGCAACAGGAUAUGCACAAGUGUAUCGCCAGAUGCCACGUAGCACGUAACAGAUUUUUACAAAUUUUGCAAAGAGAACAUUAUGUUACCCAAAAAUAUCAGGAAAAUGCACAUUUGUCUAUUAAGCAAGUACGAAAUUUGAGAUCAGAAUACAUGGCCCUACAAAAUCAAAUUAAAAGAAUGAACCCCGCUGAUGACCAGAGUAAUAUACAAGAGAAAAUUCAAAAGGUUCGGUCUUUGUGGACGUUAGUGAAUGAGACACUCCUGCUUUUGGAAAAGGAGAGAGAAGUUGUUAGUUCACUCUUCAGUGUUGAUAACCAGUGUGUUUUGGAUGGAACUGAUGUUACUGUUAAUAUACCAAGACUCUUACUUGACAGAAUCGAGGAGCAGAUGUGUCAGUUGCAGAUGGGAAAUGUUUAUGAGGCUGGAAAGUUGAACCUCUUAACCAUUAUUCAGUUGUUAAAUGAAGUCUUGAAAGUAAUGAAAUAUGAACAUUGUAAGGCUGACCAAGCAAGACUGAUAAUAGACCUUCACUACCUUGAAAAAGAAGCCAAAUUACAGAGGCAAAGAUUAUCAGAUAUGAAACAUAUGAGGCAUAAAAUAAAAGAAAACAUCACUGCAAUAAGACAUUCUGUCCUUGAAAAGGAAGGAAAAUGGCAUCAGAAGUGGAAAGAAUUUCUUGGUCUGUCUCCUUUCAGUCUAAUUAAAGGCGGGUCUUCAGCUGUGGAUCUUUUGCCUCCCAUGUCUCCCCUUUCGUUUGAUCCUGUGUCAGAGGAAGUAUAUGAAAAGAGUGUACUUUUAAAGUAUCCUGCUUCACUUCCAGAUACACAUAAAGAACAUAACCAAGAAAAUGGUAAUGGAAGAGAAGCCGAUACCCUAGGAGGUGUGUGUGAUCUAGCCGACAGCCCUGCGCCUUCCCCCUUACAAUGUGCCUCGUCAUCAGAUACAAACAGUAUCACACUACUUGAAAAGGAUCCAAAUAUGAGAACUCCCAAAGAGAAAAACAUAAUGACUUAUAAGAAAGUAUCAGACUCUGACGUGGAAAACUCUCCUUUAUCAGACAUUGCAAAGAAUGCACAGAAGAAUGUAUUCAGAGGGUCUCUGCCAGUGAAAAAGAGUGAUCCAUUCCAGAAGGAACAAGAUCGUCUAGCAGAAGAGGUUGCCAGAGUAGUUCUGUCUGAUUCGCCACAGUUCUCUGAAGAAAAAGAAAUAAAAUUGGAGGAGCUGAUUGACACUCUAAUUUCUAAUCCUUUCUUAACUAGGAAACAAAUUCCCCGAACUCCAGAAAACUUGAUAACUGAAAUUAGGAGCUCAUGGAGAAAAGCUGUUGAAACUGAAGAUGACGGAAGUUCAGAUGCGAUUCUAGUAGACCUAAAAGCUAGAGGAGUGUCUCCAGAGUCUUCGCUGGCACUGAAGAAUCAGAGGGAACUAAGCAUGGCUAUUUUUUCUUCCGAUUUUGAUCAGUCCUAUUUGCCUGAAGAAAAAGCUGUUCCAGAUCAGCUCAAAAGUGUGCCUCAAAAACCUUUGGUGACAAGUCAGAUCAGUGAACCCCCAACACAAGAUGAGUCAGACUUGAUAAAUAAGAAAAUGCUUUGUGACCAAGAGUUAGAGUGUGCAGCCACCAGACUUUCAGAAACCGGACAAACGGCGGCAUUCUCCCUUGCUGUGGGCAGUGGGAUAGAUGUGAUGGGUAAAAGAGAAGAGGUCUCUGUUGGACUGUUGGAGCACUCACAAGCUUCCUGUAGUGAACCUUCCACACGUAAAACUCCGUCGUGGGACCCUUUGCAGAGGCUGAGUGGUUUUGGAAUAUUACAUGAAACUCUUCCAGAAGAAGCUGGCCACCUAAGUCUUAAUAGCUCUACUAGUUCAGAGACCAGUUUUAGACUGGAUCCAAGUAGUUGUGUGUGCUCUGAUGCUUUUCCAGAUGAUGUUGGAAAAAGACAAGCUCCUCCAGAAGUCGAUUCCAGUUUUCAGGCUAUUCUUAGUAGUUAUGAGGCUUUGAAGACAUCCCUUAACAAAAUAAGGAAAGAAUCUCACCUGUCUAAUCCCAAGACACUUGAACAACACAAAGUAGAAUUGAGCCCUGUAGCCAAAGACCUGCAAGCGGAUGAUACCCAUACUCUUUUGGGUGCUCAGGAUUUGCUUACUGACUACACAAAGCCAUCUUUCCACAUGUCCCUUGAUGAAAGAAGACAGUCUGUAUCACCACUAACUAAAGUUUCUCUGGUGGAGCAGAAAUUGAGGACUACGUUACCAUGUAGUCUCAGGGAAUUUCUUCCUAACUUAAAAGAAGAAGAAAUCUCAAGAGCCUUGAAGCAAGAGAAUCUCUGAUUUGACAAGAUGAAGCAAUUUCCAGUUAAUUUAGCUGUGAUGCACUUAAACUGAAGCCUUGACAUUCAACUGCAGCUCAUCUAGAGACACACAUUUUCCAAGGUCAAAGGAGUUAUGGAUGCACUUAGGCUUCUUGUAAUGUCUUUAGGCGUUUAGGUCUUUUUAAAAUAAAUAUAUGAGGUUGAAAUGUGAUAUAUUUAGAUAGUUUGUGAAAUUGUAAACAGGCUUAAUGAAUUCCAAGUAUAUGAUCCUGCAGCCUGAUGUUGAUGGAUAAAACACAUGUGAUAAGACAAGACAGAAUGAAUUGAGAAAAGGGGAAAGGUAGAAGAUGACCGGACAUUUAAAGAACACUGUCAAACUGUAUUAUUUCGUCUACAUAGAUUGAGAAUUUAAUCCUGGUUUAUAUUUAACAAAAAUAUAAAUGAAAAAUCAACAAAUCUGUUUUACUCUUGUCUAUGGGUGAUAUGGGGUGUUUGGGGGGGAAAAUAAAAAGUUUUAUAUUACUGAUCAGAAUCUAUUAAAGUUCCCCAAUGCCUACUGAAUAUCCAAAAAUAAUUUGAGAAAAAUGAACAUGGAUUUAAGUAAUUGUGACAUUUGUACACUUUGCCUUAUUGUCAGGGAUUCUGGCCCAGAAAUGGGUUUGUUUGUAACGUCCAAGGAAUGAAUACGUGCGCCUGAAUAAGCGUGAGCAGAAGAGGCACUGAAAGGUUAAUUUCUCCUUCAGUUCCUUGUAUUGUCUCAGUUUGUAACUAUCUAAAUCUUGUCCACAAGUCCUCUAGGAAAUGAGAGAGGAGAAAGGUCGGAGGAAAGAGUACUGGAAGUAGAUGGGCUGAGUGUCAGAGAGACCGUGCAAGAGCUCCUUCAUGGCAGUGGAAAGGAAAGAGGACAGGUGCUGGGUUUCACGAAUGUAGGAAAGCAGGGACCAUAGGGAAAGCCAUUCAGUCGUCUGCUUUACAGACAACCUAGUAUCCAAAUUCUGAGUAGCAUAUUAGGUAAGAGGAGCAUGUUGUCUUGUCAGAGCCAAAGCUGAGUGUUGAAUGUGCAUGCUUAUUUAACCUUCAUAAUUGAGAUAGCAGGUGUACCUAGCCUGCUGGUAUUGAAGCUAGGGAGGUAAAGGCUAGAGUGGAAUGCAGGGACCAGCUGUACUAGGAUCAUCUGAGAUAGGUCCUAGAAAUCUCAGAUAUGCUUCCCUGGUAAUUUACGAGUUCUGAAGGAGACUCCUGAAUAGCGGGGGGGGGGGGGGGGGGGGGCUCCUCCUGGACUCUAGCUUAGGCACAAACCACACCCAAACACCCGUUUUCAUAGAGCCUUUAUUAAGUGGGGAAGUUAAAGUGGCUGCUUUCUGAUUCAGGCAGGAAACAGUAGCAAAUGACCUUGCAGAGGCAACUUUUAAAGAGGAGGAAAAGGGGAGGUCUGUGCUAGAGUGGGCUAGGAUGCAGUGGUAAAGGAGGUAGGGUAUGAGGGAGAAGGAAGAGAACAAGGGAAAGGGGGGAGGAAGGAGUGUUUGUCCCUCUGGAGACAUAAAGAGGUGAAGGACAGACAUGGUGGAUAAGCAUGUGGCGGUUUAUAAAGUUAAGGUGGGGGAACCUGUGUUAGGAUGAGGCAUUUAAUUUUAGUUGGGCAUGUUAAUUAGGUGAACCAAAUGGGACUUCUGAUUGCUGGAUUUAAUACUUCCGUUGCUGGACCUUGGUAGUAGUCAGCCUGAGGAGGAGGAAGUAGCCAAAUAAGGAAAUAAACCAUGGUGGCUAGCUUUAGGAAUGUAAACUGUUUUUAGCGAGGCAGAGGGAAUGGGAGCGAAGGGCAAGGCCUGCCAGUGCCAGAUGUUGAGUGGGCUCGUGUCUCUUCAUGCUCGUUUUCUGCUAAGAGGUUAUGAUUCCUAUUAGCCCUGAGGUACCUUUAAGAAACAGUACGCUAUUGUAUGUGUAUUGCUCUAGGAGCCUUCAUUAUGAGAGUCAAAAGAUCAAAUAUCUGGAUAUAUUUUACUUAGGAGUCACUGAAAUUUACCCAUGGUCUGCUGAGUGUUCCUGACAUGUUUAUUUCCAUUUUAGCACCAUGAACGAAAUCUUUAAUCUAGUUUUCCCAAACUGAUUAUAAGUUAAUGCUUUUGGCAUCUUUCUAUCCUGUAUCUCCUGAAGUUUCCUUUGACGAUGAUAAGGAAUUACUUUAUUAGAAGCCCCUUGAUGAUUUAUUGUAAUUCUAGAAUAGGUUUCUAAUUUAAAGACAACUCUACUUAGAAUCCUCUUUUUUCUUCCCCUGGGAUCUUUUGGAGUACUUCCCUUGCUCUUCUAGCUCACCUCAGUUCUUUAAUUAUUUUGACUUGAAAAAUUUAAUAACCUUUAAUCAUACCAGUUAUUUUUUAAAUUCUCUUUCCAUGUGUGCGGAUGUUUGCCUGCAUGUCUGUCUGUGUACCGCUUUAGUGUCUUGUCCCCAGGGAGGCCUGCAUCGGGAGUCAGAUCCCCUGGGACUCCAGUUACAGGUGAUAUUAGCUUCCAUGUAAGUGCUAGGACUUGAACUUGAAUCUCCAGAGUAAACAUUUCUCUAGUCAGUUAUAGUUCCUUUUAAAGCUCAAAGCAGCAUUAAAUCCUCUAAUUAAUAAACACUUUUGAGCUGGGCAUGGUGGUAAAUGCUUUUAAUCCUUUAGCACUUGGGAGGAGGGACAGGCAGAUCCAGAGUUUCAGGACAGCCGGGGCUACACAGAGACACCCUGUCUCGAUAAACCACAACAACAACAACAACAACAACAAAAAAAACCCUUCUAAUCCCAGCACUCGCAGGCAGAGGCAGUCAGAUCUCUUGAGUCUAGUCUGCAUAGUUCCAGGACAUCCAGGGCUGCACAGUGAGACCCUUGUCUGGAAAACAAAGCUCAGAACUAUCACAUUUUCCACCUUGAAGUUUUAAUUUGUCCUCCCCAAACCACGGUCUGAGCCUUUUUUGAAGUGUGUUGUUUAACUUUGGUUGUGUUGUUUUGGUUGUGAGAGGGGCUCUUGCUGUUUUGUUCAGGUUAGUCUCACAGCAGUCUUCCUGCCUCAGCCUCCCAAGUGCUGGAGCUACAGAUGUUUGCCUAGUUUUCCCUUAGUAUCUUCAUUAGACACUUCCCCCAAAUUGUAUGUGAUCUCUGGUCACAGCAUUUUAUACAAACUUACAUACCUACCUUCGUAACCUACGUAGUUCUCUGUGGGGUAUGCAUGUGCAUACAAACACACAUAAACACAUAUCCAUGGGUCACCCUUCAUUGGUACAGAUACUUAAGUACUGGAAUUUUAUGUGCUUCUAUGACAGAAUAAAAGAAGGGUAAAUGAGUAGUUUUCCCCCUUUGGUUACAUAAGAGUAUACCUUGUUUUCUUCAGAGAUUAAAAAACUGCAAAUGACUUCUACAUUAAAUAAAACUUUAGAUGCAAGUAUGUCUCAAUUAUUAUGGUGGGGUGGGAUUAAACCCAUGAGCCCUGAGGACGCACUCCCAGCCCCUGAAAAUGAAAUGUUUGAAGAGGGCAAGCACGUAAUGUAAUGUUGCUGAGCAUGAAAAAUGUUACCAAGUGGGAUAAAGAACAGUUUGAGAAGUUAAAGAACACGUGGAGGGCAGGGAUGAAGCUGAACAAAAUAUCCUAAACAGGCAUUUUGAAACCUUUACUUAUUCUCAGCUAUAAGGUAUGACUUCUAUUUUAUCUGAGAUAUAAACAGGAAUUCUUGAGACUUGUAUAAAAGAAACUAUUUUUGCCCUAGUGCACUAAAAGAAAAUGUAUUGAAGACAUUUUGUUUAAUGUGUGAAGACAGUAUGAAGUUCAGUACCUGGUUCUCCAAAGAUCACCUUUUCCUUCAUUCACUGAGAGGCUGCGAGCCCAUGCUCUUAAGUGGAAACUGUCUGCGCCCUAAGAAUUAUUUAUUAAAUGUGUUCUACAUACUAGUACUGUCUAGAAUAAACAUUCAGUGUUAUGCCACCUGUCUGGAAUUCUCUUUAUUAACACACCACUGAUUUACCACAUAUAAAAGUACAACUUGGUCAAAAUAA